AUGACGUUGACAGUUCUCGGGAACUACACAGGAACUACCCAGGAACUACACAGGAACUACUCAGGAACUACACAGGAACUACACAGGAACUACUCAGGAACUACACAGGAACUACACAGGAACUACUCAGGAACUACACAGGAACUACUCAGGAACUACACAGGAACUACACAUGAACUACUCAGGAACUACACAGGAACUACUCAGGAACUACACAGGAUCUACACAGGAACUACACAGGAACUACUCAGGAACUACUCAGGAACUACACAGGAACUACACAGGAACUACUCAGGAACUACACAGGAGCUACACAGGAACUACACAGGAACUACUCAGGAACUACACAGGAACUACUCAGGAACUACACAGGAACUACACAGGAACUUCUCAGGAACUACACAGGAACUACACAGGAACUACUCGGGAACUACACAGGAACUACACAGGAACUACACAGGAACUACACAGGAACUACUCAGGAGCUACACAGAAUCUACACAGGAACUACUCAGGAACUACCCAGGAACUACACAGGAACUACACAGGAACUACUCAGGAACUACACAGGAACUACACAGGAACUACUCAGGAACUACACAGGAACUACACAGGAACUACUCAGUAACUACACAGGAUCUACACAGGAACUACUCAGGAACUACACAGGAACUACACAGGAACUACUCAGGAACUACACAGGAACUACACAGGAUCUACUCAGUAACUACACAGGAUCUACACAGGAACUACUCAGGAACUACCCAGGAACUACUCAGUAACUACACAGGAACUACACAGGAACUACUCAGGAACUACACAGGAACUACACAGGAACUACACAGGAACUACUCAGGAACUACACAGGAACUACACAGGAUCUACACAGGAACUACUCAGGAACUACACAGGAACUACACAGAAUGCGCGCAUGAUUUCAAGUUCUUCAAGAAGCAGACUGGUUUAAAACGUCAGUUUUUGUAA